AUGAUCGUUCGCGUACACACAGACAGAUUGCCUCCGGCUAGCAGCAAGGGUCUGAGAGAAGUCGGGGCUGAAAAAGAGCUUUUAGCUUUGGUCGAGGAGGAGCAGGAGCCGAGAUUGAGAAUUUUUGGUAUGGAUCACAUUCGGGCAGAUGGCGAGGUCAUUGAUGGUGCAGUAGGAGUUGAUGGAUACAGCUUGAAGGGAAAUUUUGGGGACGAUGAGGUGUGGAGGCUGAGGAGAGUAUUGACUGUGGACAUUUGGGUAUGGAGCGAAAUAAGCCGAUUCAGGGUUUGGUUUAGAUCACAAAGUUGGAAGACGGGUAGGCGGGGAACGGAGAGAACUGCCGAGACCAACACUGGUGUUGGUAUCCACCGGGCUACGGAAAAUACCAACUCCAUCGGAACCAUUGGAACCCCGCUGUCGGGACCGAAGUGUACGGGAAUCGUUCCCGGUGAAGCAGUGGAUUCUGGUCUGGUACAUUAG